AUGUUCUACGCGUAUCCGGUUACUGUAAUGUUUCAAUCGAUGAGUGUCUGGCUGCUUGUAUCGAUUACGGUAGAUCGAUAUCUGGCCGUAUGCCAUCCUUUUGUAGUCGGAAGCUACUGUACACGGUGA